UAACUUUUGUAAAUAUUGUAUGAGUCGAAGGCAUAAAACAUUAGCAACUUUAAAGUGUGGUUUGCGUUGUUCACUUGGUUCUUUUUCUAGAAGAGAUUUUAUAACUUUGACACUUGCAGUGCUUCCUGUUCCUUUCUUCUCUUUUGUCGAAUCCGGUCCUAACAGAAAACCAACUGUGACCAACAGAGUUUAUUUUGACAUUAGUGUUGGUAAUGAGUAUCUUGGAAGAAUGGUUUUUGACCUUUAUGGACGAGAUGCACCAGAAACAGUUUCUACCUUUCUACAGUUUUUAAAAGGUGUACAUAAUAAGGAUAGAACCAAAGACUUGAAUUUGUCCGAUCAAAAAUUGGUUGAAGAAGAAGAAGAAGAUCUUAUAUACUCUGAGGAACCUUUCGUUAGCUAUGACUUCUCUUUGUUUUAUCGUUGUUCACCAGGUAUUCUGCUUGAAGGAGGCAAGAUUCCCAAUCUUCGUUUGACUUCAGUUGGGGAUACUACUUUUUAUGAUAUUGGUGGCGCUCUAAUUGCUGCGAACCCACAAGUGGAAACCAACUCUUUGAAGCACACAGAACGAGGUUUAUUAACCCGCAAAAGACUCCAGUUUGGACCGGAAUUUGGUAUAACUUUGGCAGGACAUCCAGAAUUGGAUGUUUCACAUACUGUAUUUGGCAAGUUAGAACAAGGAUAUGAAGUUUUGGAAGCUAUUGAAAGUCUUCCAGUGCUGGUUGAUUCUAACAGAAGAGAAGGCAAGACGUUAUCUUCAAAACUGUUUGACUGGCAGAGAAAUCUUUUUCUAACGAUAGGUAGAGAUGUAUUUCAUGAUAAACGUGCAGAUGAAAUUUAUCCAAACAAGUUACUUCGUCGAGUAGCCGUUAUAAGUUCAGGAAUGUUGUAAACGAUAAGAGUUUGUACAAGAUUUGAAUGUUGG